CGACAAACGAGACCUGUAGAUUAGAAUGACCUCAUCAUAAAGACAAACUCCCCAAGUUUCCUCGAGACCACCUGUGCUCACAGGCUGACCCAGCAGGCAAACCGGGAUGGAACCCGGGGCCUGACACAUGCAAGGCGAGUGUUUCGCUGCUGAGUCACAUCCCAGUGGAGAACAACGAUCUCUCAAAGAGCAGCACGGUCUGAGAUGGAUGGCAGCAACUGCAAAGUGAUUGCUCCUCUCCUCACUCAGAGAUCCCGGAGGAUAGUCACCAAGGAUGGCCACAGCACGUUUCAAAUGGAUGGUGCUCAAAGAGGCCUUGCCUAUCUGCGGGAUGCCUGGGGCAUCCUCAUGGACAUGCGCUGGCGCUGGAUGAUGCUGGUCUUCUCUGCCUCUUUUGUUGUGCACUGGCUUGUCUUUGCAGUGCUCUGGUAUGUUCUAGCGGAGAUGAACGGUGACCUGGAACUAGACCACAACACCCCACCUGAUAAUCACACGAUCUGUGUCAAGUACAUCACCAGUUUCACAGCUGCAUUCUCCUUCUCCCUGGAGACACAACUCACAAUUGGUUAUGGGACCAUGUUCCCCAGUGGUGACUGUCCGAGUGCAAUCGCCCUUCUUGCCAUACAAAUGCUCCUAGGACUCAUGCUAGAGGCUUUUAUUACAGGUGCCUUUGUGGCGAAGAUUGCCCGGCCCAAAAAUCGAGCUUUCUCUAUCCGCUUUACUGACUUAGCAGUAGUCGCUCACAUAGACGGCAAACCUAAUUUAAUUUUCCAAGUGGCCAACACUCGGCCCAGCCCGCUGACCAGUGUCCGCGUGUCGGCGAUCCUCUACCAGGAGAGGGAAAACGGCGCCCUCCACCAGACCAGCGUGGACUUCCACCUGGAGGGCAUCAGCUCCGAGGAAUGCCCCUUCUUUGUCUUCCCACUGACCUACUACCACUCCAUUGUACCCUCAAGUCCUCUGGCGACUCUGCUCCAGCACGAAGACCCUCCCCACUUUGAAUUGGUCGUGUUCCUGUCCGCAAUGCAGGAGGGCACCGGGGAAAUCUGCCAGAGGAGGACGUCUUACCUACCCUCCGAGAUCAUGUUACAUCAUUGUUUCGCAUCUCUGUUGACCCGAGGCUCCAAAGGGGAGUACCAAAUCAAAAUGGAGAACUUUGACAAAACUGUUCCUGAGCUUCCAACUCCUCUGGUCUCCAAGCGCCCAAACAGGACUGACCUGGACAUCCGUAUCAAUGGGCAAAGCAUUGACAAUUUUCAGAUCUCUGAAACAGGACUGACAGAGUAAGGUCUUUGAUGGCUCCCUAUUUCUAACGUACGGAAUACACCAGCCAGUUAUGCAGCUACACUCUCUUCAUCUUGUCUCACUCUUUCCCCGAUGCUCAUUACAUCUCUCUGAAUACAUCGUAGUAAUCAAGCCUAUGCCCAUAAAAACGGCCAAGCUCAAAUACUGUGGAAAUGUGACAUUCUACUUUACGAGAUUUCAUCUGCGGUUAUCUGCUGAAAUCAGUGCAUCUCAACACGAAAGAUAGACAAGUGAUGUUGGUAAACUUAGAAAGAUGUGGUAAUAAAGGGACGGUAUAGAAAGUAAAAUGGACAGUGAAGCUGAACACAGCUGACUCUAAGAAAGUCAGUCAGAGGUCUCAUUUUCCCCAACAAGCUGAAGCAGCCGCCCAGUUUCGAACCAAGCUCCCUGGGUAGAACGAUGCUUUCACAAUAUUUAAAGAGCAUCUUUUAAAAUUGUUGUGUUUUCAAGACAACCAAGAUCAUUCCUUUGGUUCUUUAUAUUACAAAACUGAGUAUUAGUCCCUUAAUUUUUGACAAUUAAGACCAAGAAUUCCAACAAGAACAGUAAAAUAGAUUUUUACAUAACUCAAAAAGCAUUUAAGCAUGACACUCAAACACAAGUAUAUGUCCAAGCAUUUGUGGAAGAAAAAUAAACUUCAGUCCAGAUGGAAUAUACAAGCAAGUUGAUAUGAAACUCUAAAACUACUCUGCAUAAUAAUCAAACUUUUGUUUUAAAAUUAUAGUUACCUAUUCAUCUGUAUGGCUUCUAACCUAAGUAAAAUCAUUCCCUUCCUACCUAUGACACUGAUAUAUUCAACGAUAUCAGAAACCACAACAGUGCUAAAUACCAGAUAAAUAUAAAUAUAUUUAAGUUUUUGUAGAUAUAAAGGUUUAGUUAGAUGAAAUUCAACUAGGAAAAAGUCUUCAAUAAGGCAAAAAAUAAUUUAGGCAACAAAGUAUUUUCAACCCCAAAUUCCUGUUUCCAACUUCAAAUAGCUUUUUCUAUAAACAUAAAAUGAGUGUUUAUUCACCAGUAGGAGGCUGAACUAGAUAAACCCUAUUAUGUCUUUCCAAAUCUAAUACUCCAUGAAAAUUAUGCUUUCUUUGCUUCAUUUUUUAUUUUAUACAUAUGAAAAUCAACAUUUUUCCUUACCUCCAAUUUAAGAAUAUCCUUAAAUCCAUGAAGACUAUCAUUUCAAUUUUUUUUUUUAAAUCAAACUGUCCUCAAAGAAAACAAGAACCAAGUCACCCUAUCAGGUUUCCAAUAGAUUUGUGGCUGCUCUUUUUUGAAAUUUCCCUUAUUCAGGUUUAUGUGGGAAAAGGAAAAGAGGAACCCUCUCCACUGGAGAUGACCAAGGCAGUACUCAUCUCUUGAAACAAGUACCAGUCGAGUAAAGGCAAGCAGUUCCGAGGAGAAAGGCACAGCGGCAAGUCACAUUGUUCUACUCUUCGACCAAAAGGAAAAGAAAAUAAAGAACAACUCUGAGUGACCUAAGACUGAUAACAGCAGAAGAAUACCGAGAACAGAGAAACUUAAUCAUUAUGAACUUUGGCUGUUUGAAAAUCUUAGGAAUUCUUAAGUACAAGCCAGCCGGACCAAGCGACUUUUUUUGAGCCCAAGACUGUAAUAACACAUGUAGAUGCAGAAUUCUUAUUUCUAUAAUAAAGUAACAAGAUUCACCUAACCUGUGAAAAUAAAGUAGUAUUGAA